AUGCGUUCUCAAGAUAUUGAUGGAUGGCGGUCAAUUCUAGAAAGUAGAAUAUGGGAUUUACCAGAAGGAGAAGAAAGAAUCUUGUCAGUUUUGAAGUUGAGUUUUGAUAAAUUGAAAUCACCAUAUUUGAAACAGUGUUUUGCAUAUUGCUCAAUGUUUGUCAAAGAUUUCAGAAUUGAAAAGGAUGACUUGAUCCAACUUUGGAUGGCUCAAGGAUUGCUUUACCCUUCUCCUCCCAACAGACGUAAUCUAGAGAUGGAGGAUAUAGGAAAUGAAUAUUUUAAUAUUCUAUUGAACAACUCUUUCUUUCAAGACGUUGAAAAGGAUUGGUAUGGUAAUAUUACAAGUUGCAAAAUGCACGACCUUGUGCAUGAUCUCGCAGAACUUGUGUCAAAAACGAAGAGUAAUGACUCCAAUGAGACUCGACAUAUGGCACAUAUUCCUACCUCAGUGCUACAAGGAGUUCUAGAAAGAGGUGCUCAUAAAUUGCGCUCACUUUUCUGGAAUGUAGAAGUUCUUGGUGAUUUCUUACCGAACUUUAGAGGUUUGCGUGUCUUAAAUUUAUAUCUAGCUGAUAUUAAGGAGUUGCCAAUUGCUAUUGGAAAGUUGAAACACUUGAGGUAUCUUGAUGUUUCCUAUACAAAGAUCAAAGCACUCCCCAAAUCCAUUGGAAAGCUUUAUAAUCUACAAACAUUAAGAAUGGAAGGGGUCAACCUUGAAGAGCUUCCAAAAGAACUGCAAAAUUUGAUAAACUUGAGACAUAUUUAUUUUUAUCCGCAUGGUAUGAAAUUUCCCGCAGGGAUGGGGCGAUUGACCAAUCUCCGAACAUUACAAUAUUUCACGGUGGGUAAGGAGACAGGUCGUGGAAUAGAGGAGCUGGCUAGGUUAAACCUGUUAAAAGGCCUAUUAUGUAUCAAUAAUCUAGAGCGCGUGAGGGAUGGAGAAGAAGCCAAGAAAGCAAAAUUAGUGAAGAAGACAAACAUAAGCAAGUUAACGUUUCAGUGGGCAGAGGAUAGGUCAAGCAUAACCAAUGAUGAAGAGGUACUAGAAGGCCUUCAACCACACCCUAGUAAACUAGAAUUGUUAGAAUUUUUCAACUUCAUGGGCGAUAAAUGUCCAUCAUGGAUCAUGAGUAGUUCGUUUCCUGUAUUGAAAAGUUUAAAGAUUUACAAUGCUAGGAACCUAACUGAAUGGCUAGAAAGUGGGAUAGUGGUCUUCCCAUGCCUCGAGGAGCUGGUUUUGAAGAAUUGUGAUAAAUUGAGAAGUGCUCCUAGCCAUUUCCCAUCUCUCAAGACGUUGGAGAUACAUUCCAUGGUUAGCGGCAUGCCAAUAGCAAACAUAAGCAAUAAGCUGACCACUCUUACUUCGCUCACAAUAAGGAAGAUAAGCGGACUUGUUUCUCUGCCAGAAGGGAUGCUAAAAAACAACAAGAAUCUUACAUACUUGGGGAUAGGAGAUUGUCAAGAGCUAACUCGUAUUGCUUCUCCUGAUGUAGUUUGCUCUUGCGCACUUCUUGAGUCAGUGCGUAUUUCCAAUUGUCCUAUUCUUGCUUAUUUGCCGGAUGGGCUACUCACAACAUCUCUUAAGAAACUGGUUGUACAAAAUUGCAAUGGUAUACAGUUGCUUCCAGUUACACAGGCCCUCCCAUCCCUCUGCAAAUUAGAGAUUACAGGCUGUCAGGAGUUGUCAAGUCUACCGAGUGGGUUAGAUUAUUAUAUCUCUCUUCAGGAGUUGGCAAUAUCAAAUUGUGAUAUGCUAACAUCCGUUUUGAUUCACAGCCCCCCAUCACUCCGGAAGUUGUCUAUAUUUUGUUGCAACAGGAAACCAGAGUCUGUUCCAAGUUUACUCGACUUCACAUGCCUUCGUGAAUUGAUAAUUGCAGAUUCCCCCGGAUUGACAAGUUUGCCAAUAAGGCUAGAAUCCUGUUCUUCUCUUGAGGUGUUGAAAAUAAGCAAGUUGCCGAAUGUAGAAUCUAUUCCAAGUUUAGACAACCUCACAAACCUCCAUGAAUUGAAGAUAUUUUGUUGCGAUGGAUUGAAAAGUCUACCCAAUGGGUUAGCAAUAACAUCCUGCCUCACCCACUUGAAGACAUUGGAAAUCGGUGGCUUUUGGAAGGAGCUUGAUUCAUUCCCUGCUUUUCAGUGCAAUGCUUUGACGGAACGGAGGCUCUUCCAGAGUGGUUGA